AUGACCAGCGAAAUGAGGUCUACAGAUUAUGAGUCGCACCAGGCUGUCGGAUGCGAGGAUGUCUGGAGGGAAGACGAACGACCCCUGGUGGAGAACGAUUAUUCUCGCACAGCUGACAUCGGGCGAUUGGACAUAGCUCAGCUCCUCAAAAAUAGAGACUUCACUAUAUUUAAGGAGAAGGGACCACACGAUAUCGCAGACGCAUUGCUUUCCCUCAAGCACGCUGUCGUUCAUCCCUCAAUGACCGGUCAAUUAUCCCCCAUCUCACCGGGUCUACCCUACCCCCAGACUACACCAACAACCGGGGGAUUCCACCACACAGCAGGAUCUGGCCCUAACAUGCAGGCAUGCGGCGCCUGGUCCUCCAGUCCCGGUGGGUACGGUCAGUACAUUGACCAAGCAGUCCCUCAUCAUCAGCCUCAACCGGGGAUGUUUCCUUCCAUGAGCGUCAAUCUGUCGAUGAGCAUGAACGUUGGUAUGCCCCAUGGUCUUGCGCCCCAGUACAACGUUGGAACUCAAGAACAAUGGUGCCCUCCACCCGUUCCGCCCCUCGAUAACAUUCAGCAACAACCACAAUAUAAUAACAACAACAACAACAACAACACAUAUCAACAGACCCAAUAUACUUAUAAUCCAAAUAGCAACACAUAUAGCGCUUCAUAUUCGUUCUCCCAUCAUCACGAUAUGACGGAGAACAUGCGCACAGUGUACCGAACGAACGAGCGAUUCAAGGACAUCACAAAGAUGUACGCAUCCAGUACGUUGAAGCGAUCCCGUUUGCACCCGAAAGGUCAAAUGCGAGGGACAUUCGGAGAGAACGGAAAGGUGAAUAUGUGUAGGAUAUGCGGAAAGAUGUACGCGCGGCCGAGUACCUUGAAGACGCACAUGAGAACGCACUCGGGGGAAAAACCCUACCGAUGUGGAACCUGCCAUAAAUCCUUCUCACAGGCCGCCAAUCUUACUGCACAUUCCCGCACUCAUAGCGGUGAAAAGCCAUUCCGGUGUCCGAUGUGCAAUCGACGGUUCUCACAAAGCUCAUCCGUCACGACACACAUGCGGACACAUUCUGGGGAGCGUCCCUACCGAUGUCGCCUCUGUAAGAAGGCUUUCUCCGACAGCUCGACGCUUACCAAGCAUCUCCGGAUUCACAGUGGAGAGAAGCCAUACCAAUGUAAACUCUGUCUUUUGCGGUUCUCACAGUCCGGCAAUCUCAAUAGGCACAUGAGAGUACACACGAAUAACAAUUGAACACCAUAACUCGUCUGGACUCGCUUCACUGAACUCUAUCAAUUACAAUGCACUCGUGCCUUCAUGACUAUUAUGUCCAAUUUUCUGUUUUUACAGGAUCCUUGUACCGUUUCUCUUAGAAUGAUACACCAAUGACAUGUAUUAGAUGAUUCACCAUACCAAUAAAGUUGUGAUAUUCAAGAUGGAAUAAUAUGUUAACAUAUUUAAAACUAUGCCCCUAACUCAGUGUUUUUCAUAGAAUUGAGACUAUUUAUGAUAUUUACAAAAAUUGCCAAUUUUGUUUACAGUUACCUAAGGUACGACAUCACUGUAUCCAUGGUUUUUAGAAAUUCUUAACUUUACAUGUUUUUGUUCAUGACCCUGUUCCACUAAUUCAAUUGCUUCAACAAAAUGUCAUUUCAAAUUGUUUCAAUGACAUGUAAUUGAAAAUAUAUUAUACAAGCGAGGGCAAGAAAUAUUUUUUAAUAGUAUACUGUCAAAGAUACUGCCAAAGAUACUGUCAACUCUGAAGAAACAG